CUGCAGGCUGGAAGCUGCAGUCCUCGCCGACAGGUCAGAGGUUAAGUUUCCUCUAAGAGCUCUGCCGGCCGUGCAAACUUUCUCAUCCUUCCUCCGUUUGUUGGGUCGCCUUGUUUGAGCCAUGGGCUUGAGAUCAGCACUGAGAAGCCUUCUGCUUUUCAUUUGGAUUUCAGAACAAUGGGCAAAGAUAACCGCAGAUAACUGCACCAACUACCGUCUGCAGUUUGAGCGGGUUUUCUCUGUUCCUGGAGAUGUGGCCAUGCUGAACAGCACCCUGGUGUCUCCGGACGUGUUCGACUACAAAACUGUGCCGUACAACAUCACAUGGUGGAACUUGAAAACAGGACAGGAGAUGAUCAACCAGACGGACAAAGUCUUUGUUCUGAGGGAGACCAUGUGGUUUCUGAAUGUAACACUGGAGGACGACGGGGAGUAUGUGACCAUACUGAGAACUCCUUGUCACUGCUACAUGCAAUCCACUAAGCUGUUGGUGGAGAUGCCAGCCUCUGGGGAGUGUGGGAGGCCACAGAAAGCCUAUCAAGAGCUUACUAAAGGAGUAGCAGACACACUGAACUGCCCCCUGAUGGGGUACAUCAAGAAACUGCACAGCUACAACAUCUCGUCUUCAAUCAGUUGGUAUAAAGGUUGUGACCUCGUAGCUGAUGGAACUGACAAGUACACCUACCGGGGUCAGACCCUGCUGUCCUUCGACAUGGUUGAUUCCCAUGAUGAUGGCUACUACACCUGCACUCUGACUUUCUCCCUCGGGGGUUUCAGAGGAUCAGUGUCGGAGACCAUUGUAGCCCCAGUCAUAGGGUCCAAUUUUACCAAAAAGUGCCUGGUGUUUGUGCCAGGUCCUGGGAUGUCCUUUGUUGAUGUCACUUGGUCGGCCGGAAAAGACUACAUUCUCAAUACACAACCCUCUGAGCGUAUCUACACAUCCGGACAGCGCAUCUGGACCCAAGAUGAUCCCAAAGGGUUUUGGUUUGAGACGCACCUCUCUUUCACCGAAUUAAGAGAUGAAGAUUUCAACAUCAACUACACCUGCAGAGCGCACAGUUUCAGAGGAUAUCCUGAAGCCUUUUUUACUUUGGUCCCAGCAGAUCCAAACAUCAUACUUCCCAUCGGAUGUGUUCUCGGCGGUGUCAUGGUUCUCUUCAUCGCCACUGUUACUGUCUACUACAUUUUCAGGGUGGAUUUAGUGCUGUGGUUCAGAAGAGCUUUCCCAAUCCUCUAUGCAAACAAAGAUUUGGAUGGAAAAGUGUUUGACGCCUAUGUGGCGUACCCACAGCAGUACGCCUUUGGCUUCAGAGAGGAAGUUGAGAAAUUUGCUCUGCAGACGCUGCCCCAAGUGUUGGAAAAAGCUUGUGGCUACAAACUCUUCAUAGCGGGCCGGGACUGCCUGCCUGGACAAUGCAUGGUGGACUCUGUGGAGGAGAACAUUCAAGCCAGUCGCCGCUUCCUCCUGCUCUACACCGCCUCCACCUUCAUCUCCCACAGACACACAAGCAGCACCAGCAAUAACAACAACAUUUUCAAAAGCGACGAUGAAAGUGUCGACGCCGAGAGCAAGAUGUGUGAAAGCAGCACGGAUUUUGACAGCGGAGGGUACACGGACACACGGCAGCACCUGGAAUGUGUGGCGGCCAUGCACAGAGCACUGCUGGAGAGAUCACUGAAGGUGGUUCUGGUUGAGCUGGAAGAGAUCUCCUCGGAUCAGCUGUCUCUCUUCCCAGAGUCGGUGCAGCACCUGAGGAAGAAGCAGGGCGCUGUGUGUUUGUGGAAAGAAUUCAAGACCAGACAGAAAUGGAGGACCCUUUUGAUGACGAGAAAAGAUGAAGGACUGAGAAAGGACUCACUGUUAUCCGCAUCCUCCUGCUCUUCCUCCAGGUUUUGGAAAGAAAUAAGAUAUCAUAUGCCUGUCAGAGGCAAGAGGGUGGCAUAUCCAGAGAAAACCACUCUGUUGAAUGUAUGAAAACUGUUUUUUUUUUCUUAGAAAACGUUCCACAGUUUAACUCCUCAUGCACAGAACAAUUCAGAUUUGAACUGAUUUGUCACAGGGAUGAAGAGGAGCAGAUCUUCAGGUAGUAGAGCAGAUGCGCCUCUAAAGAACAUCCAUGUCACGGCAAAAGAAUCAGCUACUUUUGAUGCUAUCACUUUAAAGCUGUUUAUAUCUGGUUAAAAAAAGAAAAGUUCCACUAUUAAUAUGUUUCUAAAAUAUAGUGAAACCAAAGUGGCCUGUCGAGGAACAGCAGAUUCACCAGCAGACUGAUCUUAAUGUUUGAGCUCUCCAGAGUUUGAACACGUGUAGGAGUUCUUGGUGCAAGUUCAUGCUCGUUUCAGAAAUGUAAAAACUGUAAAAAAUAUGUACAAAGCUUAUAAAAACUGUGAAUAUUUCACUAAAUAACAUUGAUGAUGUUAAGUUGCUAUAUUUGAGCAAUGUGAAAAUGCAAGUUAUGUUGGAAAGCAAAUUCUCAUUACAUGAAAGCAAUGCACGACUGCUUUACAGUAAAGACUGCUUUGAAUUGCUGUGAAUAAACUGAAAAUAUAUUGUU